ACCGAAAAAAAAAAACAUCCUGGUUUUAAUAAAAGAUCCAGAAUUCAGCGUAAACGUCGAGCUCAAGAAAAAAAUAUGAAAUUAAAUUCCCGAGAUGUGGAAGAUUCCGAACAAGCGGAUGUUUUCGAAAGGUCAGAAAUUAUUGAUACAACUGCAUCUGUGUCAAAGGAGAAUCAUUGCCCGGAUGAUUUUUUUACAAAGUCCGGAAGUGAAAAAUUUGACUUUUCUACGCCAGAAGUUACAGCUAAUGUUCCUAAGACAAACCAGGCUUUCCUGAGUUCUGAUCUGGACAUUUCAGUUAUUGACUCUGACGUAGAAGGUAGAAAUACAAGCUCUCUUUUGGGCUUGGAGUCUGAGCCUCUUCAGGAGAACCUUAAUGAUGAAUUUAUGUGUCCUGAUUCACCUUUAAUUAUCGAAAAGGGAAGAUCGAAGGAAAGGCAAAUCCAUUACCAUCUGGCAGAACAAAUUUGCAAUAUGUCUUUUGUAAUAGUGCAGGCUAGGACAUUAGAGCGUAUCAUAUAUAAUGAUAACGUUUCAACUAAAGCAUUAAAGUAUGGCUUGGCUAACGAAGCAGUAGCCUUAAAUCAAUACAAGGAAAAGCAUAUGGGAAAAAACAUCAGACGUUGUGGCCUUUUUAUUGAUCCUAAAUAUCCCUUUCUUUGUACUUCGCGCCAGAUGGAUUGA